GAGGAGGUUACGCGGAGCCUGUUGAAGCUAUUCUCAGCAAUAAAGAGUCAUGAGGAGCCUGGAACUGAGGCCAAGUUUGCUGCCACAUGCGGGAACUGGGGUGUUUGUCAGCAGAGGACUUGUGUCCAAAGGAGCGACAGUGGCCAUGUAUCCAGGCACCGUCUACCAAGCCUACGAGCCCAUCUUACUCCAGUCCAUCAGAAACCCAUUUGUCUUCAGGUGCAUCGAUGGCAUCUUGAUCGACGGGAAUGACAAGGGCAUCUCCAAAAUGCUGUAUAAGUCAUGCAGUGCCAGGGACAGAGUGGGUCCCUAUAUGAUGAGCGACACCAGCUGGCUGUCCUGCGACCCGCUGAACCCGCUUGCAGUGGGUCAGUAUGUGAACAACUGCUCCAACAAGUGGCCCGCCAACGUUUGCUACCAGGAAUAUGACCUCCCAGAAAAGUUCCCCAUUGAGCUGCGCAAGUUUAUUCCCAAUAUAAACUACAGUCAGGAGAUGCAGAGGCCCAUACGCUGCGUUGUCCUUGUAUCCCUCAGAGACAUUACUGCUGGAGAAGAGCUCUUCUCUAACUACUACACCAUCGUGCAUUAAGUUCUAAACUCUUUCUUCCACUGCUGCACUUAAGGACGUCGGCUCAAA